CUUGGGGUGGCAGAAAAGGUGUCUUGGCACUCGGAGUACAAGGACAGCGCCUGGAUCUUUCUUGGAGGGCUUCCUUAUGAACUGACAGAAGGAGACAUCAUCUGUGUGUUCUCACAAUAUGGGGAGAUUGUCAACAUUAAUCUUGUGAGAGAUAAGAAGACUGGGAAAUCCAAAGGAUUCUGUUUCCUGUGCUAUGAAGAUCAGAGGAGCACAGUUCUGGCUGUUGACAAUUUCAAUGGAAUUAAGAUUAAAGGAAGAACUAUCCGCGUGGACCAUGUGUCAAACUACCGGGCUCCUCAGGAAUCCGAAGAUGUGGAUGAUGUGACUAGAGAGCUCCAGGAGAAGGGCUGUGGGGUUAAAACACCCCCAUCAAGUCCUCCUGACGUCUCUGAAGGCGAAGAUGUCAAGCUCACACAAAAACACAAAAAAGACAAAAAAGAGAAAAAGAAAAAAAAGAAAGAAAAAGAGAAGACUGAACGCCAGGACCAAGCAGAGCUGCCGUCCUGCUCCAGAAUCACGACAGUAAAGGAGAGGGAUGAGCAGCAUAGUUCCAAGAAGCUUGGCAGCAAGACCUCAGAGAGAGCACAGAAGUCUGAACACAGAGACAAGAAGGAGAGUCACUCAGGUUCCCCUGACGGCAGGAGUUCCCACCGUGGGAGGGCAGAGGAGAAG